AUGAAGGCAGCUUGUGUAUUGGCUUGCCUGGCUCUAGCCACCGGCAUCUCCGCGAGUAUCUUCAAGCAGCAGGAACGACGAGUGGAAGGCCUCGAUGUUCUGCAGCCAAUACUUAAUAAUAAAUACAUCAACGAACCGCUGGGCUUGCUUGACUCAAUCAAGUCAGUCGGUCAAAAUCUACUAGACAACACUCUUGGAAACAAGAAAACCCAAGAAGAACAGCUGCAGCAAGACCUGAGAAACUGGAACGUACAACUCCAGGAACAGCUCCGGCAACAAACAUCCAAACUACAAGAGCAGCUUCCUGAGAUCAUCCAGUACCAGAAGCCUUCCGUGCCCCUGCAAUACCAGCAGCCGUCUCUGCCCCUGCAGUACCAGCAGCCGUCCCUGCCCCUGCAGUACCAGCAGCCGUCUCUGCCCUUGAAAUACCAGCAACCGUCCCUGCCCGUGCAAUAUCAGCAGCAGUCUCAGCGUGUGCCACGACACCAGCAGCCUCUCCAGAAACCCCAGGACUGGCACUCUACCCACGAAAAGCCUUCCCAGAAACCUCAGGAACCCCAGGACUGGCACUCUACUCACCAAAAGCCUUCCCAGAAACCUCAGGAACCCCAGGAAUGGCACUCUACUCACCAGAAGCCUUCCCAGAAACCACAAGAAUGGCAUUCCACCCACCAGCAGCCAUCUCAAAAACCCCAGGAAUGGCACUCUACCCACCAGAAACCUCAGAAUCCCCAAGAAUGGCACACUUCUCAUGAGCAGCCUUCUCUGAAUUCUCAGGAGUGGCACUCUACCCACCACCACCAAUCUCACUUACACAACCAUGAUCACCAGCACGAUCAUCAUCAUCAUCAUAAUAACAAGCCUCGUCUCGCCCUUGAAUCGUCGUCCUCCAGCGAAAGCUCUGAGGAAUCCCAGGAAUGGACUAACCAAGCUAAAGAAGUACAACAAAUCCGUGCUCAAAGGUGGACUCAGCCAAGACUGCCCCUUGUGGACUCCAUCAUGAACCAGAACAACCAAAAUGUCCAAUCCAACGGUAAUGUCAUCGGAUUGAAUGGUUUAAAGAUGACUGUCGGACCCAAAUCUCUUGUCCAAGGCGUAGAAGACAUUGAAAAAAUCUUCGGCGAUGUCGAGAAGGCAAUGAAGCACAUUCAAGUGGAGGACAAGAUCAAGAUACGUGAAGUUUUUGAAAUCGCCCAGCAAACAGAAAAUGAAGAUGUUGUGCUCAAUGCCACCCAACUGGCACAGAAAUACGAGUACACCAUCGAGGAGCACACUGUCAAGACCGACGAUGGCUACAUUCUCACUGUUUUCAGAAUUCCCCCUAAGAUGCGAACUCGUGAUGUUCAGAAGAGGCCCGUUGUUUUCCUGAUGCACGGUGUUCUUGGAAGUGCUGACGACUGGCUGCUCAUGGGACCCGGCAAGUCACUCGCUUACUUGCUCGCUGAUGCUGGCUACGAUGUAUGGCUCGGUAACGCUCGUGGUAACAAGUACUCCAGACGCCACGUCUCCAAACAUCCCGCUAUGUCAGACUUCUGGCAAUUCAGUAACGACGAAAUCGCUCUUCAUGACUUGCCAGCCAUGAUCGACCUCGCUCUGGAAACAGCUCAACAGGAGAAACUGUACUACGUCGGUGUUGCACAAGGAACUACUUCAUUCUUUGCACUCACUGCCACCCGCCCCGAGUACAACAACAAAAUCAUCAUGAUGUACGCUUUGUCACCCAUGGUCUACAUGACGAACGUGCGCAGUCCCCUUCUCCGCAUGAUGGCUCCCACAAACAAGUUCCAAGAACGUUUAAAUCGCCAAAUUGGUAACGAAGCCUUCACUCUCAACAAGGAGCUGAUCGACACCGUCGGAGGAGUUAUGUGCGAGAUCAUGAUCGGCAACGAGAAACUCUGCUCAAACGUGAACUUUAUUAUGUCUGGACUGAACGUAGACUCUAUGGAUCCCAGAAUCUUGCCCGUUGUGAUGGGACACCUGCCUUCAACCACGUCUGCCAAGGUGAUGAAACAAUACGGACAAGGUGUUGCUUCAAAUGAGUUCCGAAGAUACGACUAUGGUCCUUACAUCAAUUGGCAAGUGUAUGGUUCGGAAGAGCCUCCUAAGUACAACAUCGCUGAAGUACAAGUCCCUGUUACCCUGUACUACAGUGAGGAAGACUGGCUAGCUAACCCCGAAGACGUGGCUAGACUGCAGAAAGAACUUCCCAAUGUGAGAGAAGCUGUCAAGGUGCCUGAGGAACACUUCAGCCACAUGGACUUCCAGUUCUCGACCAAGGCUCCCGAGAUGGUGUACCAGCAACUCAUCCAAUCCAUGAAACAGCAGCAGCAGCAACAGUAA